ACGAAAGAGUGAGGGUGUGGGCGUUCGUGUUAUUUCAGUCGGGUUACAGUUAAUUUUUCUUGUUCUUAUUUGUAUCUAUUAGUAUAUUUAUUCAUUCAUUGGUGCCAAGAGGCCGAGUCGACAUGAAGUUUGCAACGUGUUUGGUGCUACUGGCGAUCACGGCAGUGCACGGCCAGAACUGGUCAUGGGGUUCCGAUGACCCGGAUCCUGCCCCAGUAGCCCCUGCCGCCCAUAAUGCCCCCGCUGAAGAGACUUCAAGGACACCGAGGGUCACUGGGCCUCUUCAGGGGACUUCGGAGGGCAGUUCAAAAGCCCUUGAUGCCGGGGAUGAAGAACUUCACCCGAGGUUCUUCAACUUGUGUGCUAUCGGAAUUGGGUUAAAUUGUCCCCCCAAACCGCCAAAAGUUCCACAUGGAGGCCAGUACCAGCGGCCUUUCCAGUCCUCAUUCACGCCCUCACACGGCAGCCACCAGCCCAACCACUACCGCCCACCACCCUCAAAGCCUCACUACACAGCUCCACCUCCGACCCCUGCCCACUAUUACACCCCGACCCCCACCCCCCAUUACACCCCGACCCCUGUGGUGCAGCACAUUCACACCCACACCCACGUCCACCACAACCCGGGCGCUAGCGUGGGCGUAGGCGUUGGUCCCGCGCCCCAACCGCCAUAUCACAGACCUACCCAGCGCCCUUGGUACGGAGAAGAGUGCCAGUGCGUCCAUCCCUCCUUCUGCACCACCCUCGACGUCGUUCCGAGGAGCAACGACCCACAGCAAGUGGAUCCUUCGUCCCUCAUCAACCCCCGCUCUCGUCUGCCCUCCUCGGGGAUCCUCUCCAACAGCACCGAUGCCGAGGGCGAGGAGCACAGGAUCGUCUACCCGAGCACCGAAGAGGAGGAAAAGGAGUCACGGACCAAGAGGGAGCUUCUGGAAGGUUCUGUCAAUGGCUCAAGCAUCCCGGAGCGCCGAAGUUACCUGCCUGGCCUGAGCGGCUGCGGCCUCGGACUCGUGUGUUGCCGCAACCCAGUGUUCGACCCGCCCGUUGAGUGCGGUCGCCGUCACUCCGCCGGGCUCCUCGGACGCAUCAAGACCCCGAUCCUGGAGAACGGCGACACGGAAUUCGGCGAAUACCCGUGGCAAGCGGCCAUCCUGAAGGACGAGAACGGCCACAGCGUGUACGUCUGCGGCGCGACGCUCAUCGGCGCUCGCCAUGUGCUCACUGCCGCUCACUGCGUCAGUAACUUGCGGGCACGCGAGGUGAGAGUCCGCCUGGGCGAGUGGGACGUCCGCGCCAAGACCGAGUUCUUCGGCCACAUCGAACUUAGCGCCGUCAGCGCCCUCGUCCACCCACAGUAUUACGCCGGCAGCCUCAUCAAUGAUAUCGCAAUUAUCACGCUAGAACGCAACGUUGACUUCUCGGCCAACCCCCACAUCUCGCCCGUAUGUCUCCCGGACGCCUACAACAGCUACGUAGGUCAGAGGUGCCACUCCACCGGGUGGGGCAAGGACGCCUUCGGGAACGGAGGGAAGUACCAAACUAUCCUGAAGGAGGUGGAGCUGCCCAUCAUCUCCCACCACCAGUGCGAGGCAGCCCUGCAGCGCACCCGCCUCGGCCCCAACUUCUCCCUGCACAUCGGUAACCUCUGCGCCGGAGGAGAAGGAGGCAAAGACGCUUGCAAGGGCGACGGUGGAGGUCCCUUGGUGUGUGACGGUCCCCACGGCGCCGUCCAGCUGGCAGGGCUCGUGUCCUGGGGUGUAGGCUGUGGCGAGCCCGGAGUCCCAGGCGUGUACGUCGAUGUAUCCUAUUACCUUGAAUGGAUCCUAGAACACGCUAGACACUACCUAUGAGGCAUUUAAACUUUUAACACCACUACUGGCCUGGUGCCAAUAGUGCCAUAUAUUACAGAAUAAACAAAAACAAAGUUAUAUUUAUCGUAGCUGUGCAUGAGUGUUGAGAUGUGUCUCCCUUACGCUGUUGUAUAUAAUGUAAUCAUAAGUGACAUCUUCUGAAUAUAUAUUAAGAACUAA